AAGUGGACCGUGGAGCUGUGGAGGGGAUAAUAUCAGAGAGAGAGAGAGAGAGCUGGAGAUGGUCUUUCCUGAUUCAGGGAGUCUGAGUACAAGUUGAACCGCUGCUGGGAGAUUCCUACCAGAUUUACGAUGGACGCCCCCUCGUCUCCUCAGAUCAUGGUUGACAGGGUCGGUGUCUCAGACCAAGCAGAAUGUGGGGAAGAUGUGGAUUUGCCUACAGAUGACCAUCUCGUGACCUUGAAGGCCUUGGCAGAGAAAUUAAGACUGGAGACCCGGAGGCCUUCUUACCUGGAGUGGAAAGCCCGGCUUGAGGCAGAAAGCUUCAGAGAGUCAGGAACUGGAAAAUGCCCGAUUCAAAUGGAGCCUGAAAGGAAACUAGUCGCACCCAGGGAGGCUGUCGUCAACUCUGAUGUGAUUCAGUGCAAGUUGCCAUCAGGUGUGCUGAAAGGAUUUGGGAAUAUCGAUGAGGCUCUGAGCUGGCUCAGGAGGGAACUGACCGACAUGCGCUUGCAAGACCAGCAGCUGGCGAGGCAGCUCAUGCGGCUCCGCAGUGACAUCAACAAGCUGAAGAUUGAGCAGACGUGCCACCUGCAUCGCAGGAUGCUCAACGACGCUACCUUUGGCCUGGAGGAGCGGGAUGAGCUGUCAGACCUGCUGUGUGAAUGCCCGGUGACCCCGGGCCUCGGCCUCUCUGCCCCGCUGAGACUCAUUGGUGUCACAAAGAUGAACAUUAAUUCUCGCCGGUUCUCGCUAUGCUAGUGGGUCCUGAGACCUGAAUACAAAACAGCUUGUCUACACGCCAGCCUUGGCCAUAUAUUAGUGAUGAAAUCCUUUGUGCAUUUAGGGCUUGACCACGUUGUUGUGAGGCCCUAUAAUCAAAGAGAGAGAUUUAGGUAAUGCAUAUAAUUUAGAAGAAGAGUUUGACUGUAGUAAUUACAUAUAUAAUGUUCAUGCCACUAAACCUUACACGGCAGCUAUAUACAGCAACCUUUCUGUCUUAAAACCGCAGCUGAUUUUAGACCUUUAAGGCCAUCAUGACCUGAAGCACAAAACUAGUUUUUAAACUGACUGAGUCACUAGUUAGUGACUGAAGUAAAUCACUUUCAAGCUUAUUAAUAUUGUUACCACUUACCUUAUACUGGGGUUAAACUGGGGUUCUCAUGAUUUCUGUCUACAAGCCAAGAUUUAUCAAGCAGAGGCCGAAUAUUUAACCAUUACUGCAUACAGACCUCUGUAUGAUGCUUUCAGUGACAGUUUACUUUAUGGAAAUGUUUAGUGCUUUUAAAAAAGAUGCCUUAAUGUUGAUUAGAAUGCAUAUUUUAUUUAGCAAGUAGUAAUAUCAAUUUAGGGAGUAUAGUUUUUUUGUAGAAUAUGGAAAUGAUUUAUUCUUUACAAUGGUUGUCAAGUUGAACUAGUUUUCCUUUCGGUUGGAGUUGGCCCUUUUCUCUUACGGUUGAACUCCAGCCAGGAAGUAACCAUUUGAGAUUGCAUUGUCUGUUUGAAUAAAAAACAUGUUGUAGUUUCAUGGAUAAAGAUUGAAUUAUAACCCACUGUACCCAAUGACACAAUUAGAUGGCUCUUGUUAAAACUCUGUUGGCUAGUUCUCUGGUUACUGUAUAAAUUGAUUUAACAUUGUAUAUAUAUAUAUAUAUACUCUGGGUUUGGGGGGCUUGCAUUUGAAAUGUGAGCAUAUGAUAUUCAGGUCAGCUAUUUCCUGCCUAUCUCUCUCUCAUUGCAAAAUAAAAAAAAUAAAAAAAACUAUUUACCCAAUGCACAGACCAUGCACUAGGGAAAUGAGUUUCAGGGUUUGAGAUGCCUUUCCCUGUGGCCCAGAUAUGCUAUAAUAUGUUCUGAACAAAAUCACAAACACACCCCAACAUCUAAU